AUGGGAGCGUCUGAUCUAGAUUGUGAAGAUGGGCUGUGGACGUCAGGUGGGGCGGGUGGGGUGGAUUUCAUUACUACAUGUACGCAAGGUAAUGGUGGCUUGGUGUUCAAGUCGCACGUAGGAGCGAAUGAGAGUGACUGGGGCGCGGUGGUGGAGCGGGAGAGAGUGGAGUUGUCUCGUGUUGAGGCAGACUUGGCAGAGUUUGCCGAAUUGCUGGCAAAGUUGGAAGGGGAGUUGCGGGAUUCAGGGCUGGUGCAUCGUCAGCGGGAGCUGGUUGAAAUGUAUGUUGGUUGCAGUGAGAAUGGAGAGGAUGGUCUGGAUGUUGAAAAGGAGUUGCAGACGCUGCUGCAGGAGCAUAGGAGGUUUGUGCGGGCGAUGUAUAAGACGCUCAUGGAGCAGGGUGCUAGGGAGCAGCUGCUUCAGGUGAGGCUUGACGGCGUCGGCCGUGGACUCGCGUGCGCCGCGAAGACGUGCGCAGCCGUCGAUGGAACGGAGGAACAGGAGAGGAGGCGCAAGGUUGUAGAGGAAUUAAAUGGGAAACACCGGCACCUCUCCGACGUGUUGUCUGCGGCUGGAAAUGAUUUGAGGAAACUGCAUGUUCUGCAGCAGCGUCGCGAGGAGUGUGUGCUGCGUUUGCUACAAGAGCACGCUCCUUUGUUGGCGGCAAGGUGUGCGGAAAAUGCCAGUUUUCUCUCUGAGACGCUGGAAACUGGCAUCUUUUCAAUGGCAGGCGGUGUGUUGCUGGGGGCUGUCUUUGGGACUCUCAUGUACAAGCGCUACAGUCUUAUCUAA